AAAGGUCACAAGCUGCUAGUCUUUAUUGUUCUGAGACAGACUUGUGGAACUCAGGCUAGCCUUGAGCUCCUUAUACCCCUGCUGGGAUUACAGGCUUGUGCCAGCAUGCCACACUUAUGUGGUGCUGGGGAUCAUACCAAGGACUUCAUGCAUGCUAGGCAAACAAUCUACCUGCUGAACAACAGCCAAAGACCCUACAUCGAGGGUCUCGAGUUCACAUUGGAAGUGAGCACUGAUGCAGUAUCCAGAAGUGGACCAACCUUCCUGACAUUUUGACCUCUGUCUUUUUCUCCGCAGGUCCUACAGACAGUGUCUUCCUCAAUAUUCCACCAAGAUAGUUCCCCACACUGACUGUUAGGUCUCUAACCGCUGGUCUUGGCCACCCCAUCCACUUCCCUCCUGGAUUCAAGGCAAUGUUUCCUCAAAAGAAGGACCAGGUGCUGCUACAGAACGCAGCCCCAGGGUGUCUCCCUCAGGUCCUCUCACAGUUUGUGGACUCCCCCUCACCUAACUUAGCAUCUCUUUUUCCCCAUCAGACCCUCCCUUCUUCCCACUUUCCUUUGCCCACACAGACCCACUCUCCUGGGCCUCACUUCUCUUUGGACUAUUCUGACUUUGUUCCUCUUUCUUACUCCUCCUCUCUCCCAAGAUCCUCCUCUUGCUUUCACCAAAACUGUAUUUAUUUUGGUGAAAAACUCCCCUCUCCACACUCCACCUCUCCCUCCAGAUUGUGUCUUCCCCCCCCCCACACACACACACACCUUACUGGCUUCUCCUCUCUUUCCCAGCUAUAAAAUUUCUCUCCUCACUCCUGCCAGUCCCCUUCCCAUCUCCAGGACUUUCGAAGCUCCAAGAUCACUUUCCCCAGCCACAUCUCAUCUUCUCGAGGGAUUCACAGUAUCAAACAAGCAUGGCAGCAUCCUCAGUCCAGAAGCAUCAGGUCUUCUGGGGAGGGAAGAUGUGUGCCAAGCAAGGUGGACCCUGCAGAAUUCAAGGACCCAGAGGCCCUCGCCUAAGCCCUGGUGGGCCAUGUGGGGCACAGCAGAAUUGCACAAGACCUGCAGAUAGAGUUUCUGCAGCACCUGUGGCUCAGCACACCUGGCCCAGCCCCAGUUGUGGAGUACCCCAUAUGCUUAGUGUGCUUCCAGCCCCAUACCUCAUCUUGCCCACCACAGUACAAGACUAUACCCCAGCUGCAUGCCUUCCCUCAACUACUGCCCUGUGCCCAGGGCCAGGAAUCUAGGCGCCUCCGAAUAGGCAUUGGCUUCGGCCUCUGCCUGCCUCGGAGCCAGGCCAAGCAUGUGCUGCCCAAAAAAAGUCCAGAGGGAGUAAAGUCUCAGGAAGAGGCUCUGCAGAGUCAAAAACCGGCAACCCAGACAUCAGUUCAAAUCACCAGCACACACUUCUAGGCUGGGAGCUUCUGGUCUGUAGACCUUCAAUCACCAAAACCCAGCCAGUGUUACAGGUCUCUACUUCAGGAGCCUGCGUCCCUAAAGUCCAGGCUUUCUGUCUCAAAGAGGUCUGUGUCUUUAGGGUCUAUUCUCCGAAAGUCGCCAUCUUAA